GGGUCUCCAAUCUGCCAUUUUCUGUCCCCGUGUAAAUCCCUAGCGUCCUAAAUUCCCUGUUUUCUCACAGGGUGUAUUUCACCCGCUGGCCCACCACCUCAGGGGAACGAUGGACGCAGAGUCCACAGCCACUGCCGCCAUCGCUGCGGAGCUGGUUUCUGCCGACAGAAUUGAAGAAGAUGCUCCUGCUCCUUCUACCUCUGCAGAUAAAGUGGAAAGUCUGGAUGUGGAUAGUGAAGCUAAGAAGCUACUGGGCUUAGGACAGAAACAUCUAGUGAUGGGAGAUAUUCCAGCAGCUGUCAAUGCAUUCCAGGAAGCAGCUAGUCUUUUAGGUAAGAAAUAUGGAGAGACAGCAAAUGAGUGUGGAGAAGCUUUCUUUUUCUAUGGGAAAUCACUUCUGGAGUUGGCAAGAAUGGAGAAUGGUGUAUUGGGAAAUGCCCUGGAAGGUGUGCAUGUGGAAGAGGAGGAAGGAGAAAAAACAGAAGAAUCUCUGGUAGAAAAUAAUGAUAACAUAGAUGAGGAAGCAAGGGAAGAGUUGAGAGAACAGGUUUAUGACGCCAUGGGAGAAAAAGAAGAAGCAAAAAAACUGGAAGACAAGUCUCUGGUGAAGCCUGAAAAUGAUAAGGAACAGGAGACUGAAGUGGAAAAGGGUGGAAGAGAAGAUAUGGAUAUAAGUGAGCCUGCAGGGGAACUACAGGAAAAAGUUGAAUCCACUCCAGAUCACUUAAUUGAAACCACUGAAGAGGCAAAAGGAGCAACAGGACCAGAAGGACCAAGUGAAGCUGAGGUCACUUCUGGGAAGCCAGGAAAGGAAGCACUGGAUGCUGAGGAAGGGAAAUCAGUUUCUGCAACUCUCAUCCAAGAAGAGUACAAAGAAAAUGGAGGUCAGGAGAAGCAGAAGCAGGGAGAGGUAAUUGUGAGGAUAGAGGACAAGCCAAAAGAAGCUUCAGAAGAGCAGCCUAUUGUGACUCCAGAAAAGCAGGGCGCUGAAGUGGAGGUAGAAACAGAGCCUAUAGAUUCAACAGUCAAGCCAGAGGAUGUGGGUGGGAAUGAGCCAAAGGAGCAGGUAGCUGAUUCUGAAAAUGAUCCAGGAAAAUCUGUUCCUGAGCAGCUGGUAGGGCAAGAAGUGCCUCCUGCUGAAGAGCCACCAGAGGUGACAACAGAGGUUGCAGAAGAUGGAUCACAAGUCUCUGAGAAGCCUGGUCAGGAGGCCACAGUUCUCCCUAAGGAUGGUGCAGUCAAUGGACUGUCAGUUGCAGGAGAUCAGACUCCUGUUGAACCAGAGACUAGUGGAGAAGGAUUGGCAGAAAGAAAAAAUGGCUCAGGACUAGAAGAGGUGGUCAGGGCAGAGUUGGUUCCUAACCAGGCGGAGACUAAGCUGUCUGUAGAAGAGUCUGGGGCAGCUGGAGAUGGGUUUGAGACCAAGGUAGCCCAGGGUGCUACUGAGAAAUCCCCUGAAGACAAAGUUAAUAUAGCUGCUAAUGAAGAAACACAAGAGAGAGAAGAACAGAUGAAAGAGGGUGAAGAAACCGAGGGCUCAGAAGAGGAAGAUAAAGAAAAUGACAAGGCAGAAGAAGCACCGAAUGAUUCAGUUCUUGAAAACAAGUCACUUCAAGAAAAUGAAGAGGAGGAGAUUGGGAACCUAGAGCUUGCCUGGGAUAUGCUGGAUUUAGCAAAGAUCAUUUUUAAAAGACAAGAAACAAAAGAAGCUCAGCUUUAUGCUGCACAGGCACAUCUUAAACUUGGAGAAGUUAGUGUUGAAUCUGAGAAUUAUGUCCAAGCUGUGGAGGAGUUCCAGGCUUGUCUAAACCUGCAAGAGCAGUACCUGGAAGCCCAUGACCGUCUUCUUGCAGAGACCCACUACCAGUUGGGCUUGGCCUAUGGGUACAAUUCUCAGUAUGAUGAGGCAGUGGCACAGUUUAGCAAAUCUAUUGAAGUCAUUGAGAAGAGAAUGGCUGUACUAAAUGAGCAGAUGAAGGAGGCUGAAGGAUCACCUACUGAAUAUGAGAAAGAAAUCGAGGAGCUGAAGGAAUUGCUACCUGAAAUUAGAGAGAAGAUAGAAGAUGCAAAGGAGUCCCAACGUAGUGGGAAUGUAGCUGAAUUGGCUCUGAAAGCAACUCUGGUAGAGAGCUCUACUUCUGGCUUCACUCCUAGUGGAGGAGGCUCUUCAGUUUCCAUGAUUGUCAGUAGAAAGCCAACAGAUGGUGCUUCCUCAUCAAAUUGUGUGACUGAUAUUUCCCAUCUUGUCAGAAAGAAGAGGAAACCAGAGGAAGAGAGCCCCCGGAAAGAUGAUGCAAAGAAAGCCAAGCAAGAGCCGGAAGUGAACGGAGGUGGUGGGAAUGCGGUCUCCAGUGGAAAUGAAGUUUCGGAAAACAUGGAGGAGGAGGCUGAGAAUCAGGCUGAAAGCCGGGCAGCAGUGGAGGGGACAGUGGAGGCUGGAGCUACAGUUGAAAGCACUGCAUGCUAAGAGGGAACAGAGAGCCUUCCUCCCAAGGGAAAGUGUUUUUGUAUAUAAUGUAUUUUUUCACUUUUGGGGGAUUCUUUUUGUAUAACUUCAAUAAAGAUUGUACGCAAAGGUUGAGGCUUUGAUGAUUUUUUUUCCCCCUUAAACAUUGGCUGAAUCUGUGCCUUGGAGCACUCCAGUUUUAUAUAGUGGUCGAAGGUACUUUUUUCCCCUUUCUGAACUGAUCUCUGUGAAAGUUCUAAUCCAAAUACCUGUUUAAUGUGUAGGUGAUCAAGUGUGGCUGCUGGCCCAAUGGUGCUAUAUUUUUCCAUUUUAAAUACUU